CGUCAAUUUACCACGCGCGGCCAUCGAUCGACAACCAUGGUGGCGCAAAAGCUUCAAUACGACCACAACCUCUCGGGCCAGCCACUGCGGGUAUGCCUGGUAGGUUCUGGCAACUGGGCAUGUGCCAUCGCGCGCAUCAUCGGCGAGAACACGGGCGUCUCGAAUUCGUCCAUGUUUGAACCCGUGAUCAACAUGUGGGUGUUUGAAGAGCUCAUCCGUGGCCGUAAGUUGACUGAGAUCAUCAACCAAGACCACGAGAAUGUCAAGUACCUCCCGGGAUACACCCUCCCAUCCAAUGUCGUGGCGGUGGCCGACUUGAAGGAAGCCGCCCGCGGCGCGGACAUCCUCGUGUUUUGCCUGCCACAUCAGUUCUUGCCGCGCCUACUUCCCGACCUCCAGCUCGUGUUGAAGCCAGGCGCGUUUGCAGUAUCCCUGAUCAAAGGCAUCGAUUUCAACGAAAACGGCGGCAUCGUGCUGGUCUCGGACAUCAUCCGCAAUGGCCUCGGCAUCGACUGCAGCGUGCUCAUGGGGGCGAACGUGGCCAACGAAGUGGCGGCAGGCGACUUUUGCGAGUCGACACUGGGCACGCACCAUUUGCAUCACGGCGACAUCCUUCGCCAACUGUUCCACGCGCCCACGUUCCAUGUCAACAUCGCGCUGGACCCCCACGGCGUCGAGCUGUGCGGCGCGCUCAAGAACGUGGUCGCGUUGGGCGCGGGGUUCUGCGACGGCCUCGGGUACGGCGGCAACACCAAGGCGGCAAUCAUCCGGUUGGGGCUGAUUGAAAUGAAGAAGUUUUGCUACCGGUUCUUUGAUGGGAUCAAGGAGGACACGUUCUUUGAGAGCUGCGGCGUGGCGGACCUGAUCACGACAUGCUUUGGCGGCCGGAACCGCAAAUGUGCCGAACUGUUUGUCAAAGACAAGGGCGUGACGUGGGAAGAGAUGGAGGCGACGGUGCUGAAUGGGCAGAAGCUCCAGGGCACGGGAACUGCCAAGGAAGUGUUCCACAUCAUCGAAAAGACUCACUCGUUGCCCGAGUUUCCGCUGUUUGCUGCGAUUUACCGCAUUGCGUUUGAAGGCGCCGACCCCACGACCAUUGUCAAACUGUAAUAUAACAUUGGAUACGUAAUAUAUAUUGAAAUAGGAAUCCGGA